UGAUGUUGUAUGCUUGACUCACUUUGGUGCUCAAACCUACAGGAGAGGAGGGGGAUCACAGGGCUUCCCCAAUAUCUGGAAGUAGUGAAGGUCGCUCCUGGUCUCCGUACAAAAGACAUGGCCAUGAGGGCCAUCUUUGAAACAACAGGAAGGCGGCAAGUUGAUGUCCACUAUGUAACUACCGGUGUACCCGGCAGAGUUGAAGAGAAUUUCGAAGGAUUUUACCUUGAACAGGGGGAUCUGUCUCUUGAAGAGGUUCUCCAAGAUCAGGAAACUGUGUACCAGUCACUCCGAGAAAGUAAUGGGAAUGACAGGACCACAGCUUCUUCAAGUGGUGGCUCUAAUGUGAACAAUGGCCAAAGUAGUGCUGUGAAACGGGAUGUGGAAAAAGAGAGAGAAUCUUCACCCGUUGCUGAUGUUGAAUCACAAUUAGAAUUGGAUGAAACUUUAGCUAUAAGCUUGCAAGAGUUGGAGAAUCAGUUACUCAUUUCCUCCCUUAGCGAAUCAACUGGAACUGAAGCAGCCACAAUUCCAUGUUCUGCAGUUAACAGAGAGGUCAAUUCCACAAGCACUUCUGCCCAGGUUGUGAGACAAGACAACAUUGAUCCAGAUAACAUGACAUAUGAGGAAUUGCAAUCUCUAGGAGAUGCUAUCGGCACUGAGAGUAGAGGAUUGUCAGAAGAGCUUAUUUCAUAUUUGCCAACAUCGAAGUAUAAAACAGGGGGGUUCUUCUCAAAAAAAGACAAAAUAGAGGAGUGCGUGAUCUGUUAUAUGGAAUACAAAAAUCGUGAUAAGUUGAUUAUCUUGCCAUGCCAACACCAAUAUCAUUCAAAAUGCAUCACACGGUGGUUGAAGCAAAAUAAGGCAUGUCCAGUGUGCAAUGAGGAAGUAUUUGGGUCUUAACCCUGGAAUAUUGAUAUUGGGUAGCUGUGGAUCAUAUUUGGUAUGUAAAACAUGAUGGUUCUUGUAGUUCCAACUUAUGUUCAGAAUCAUGGAUUAACUAAUGAUAUAAUUUGACAUACAUAUUGC